AUAAGCACAUACCUAGGGGUGGAGACACUAGCAAAAUGGCUGAAACCAAAAAACAAAGAAAAGACGUUUUUUCGAAAAGAGGAAAUUAAUAUAAUUUUAGAGGAGGUGGAGCUACAAAAACAUAUACUUUUCAGCAGGUUUAAGGGCAGUCAUACAAAUAAAGAAAAACAAAAAAUCUGGGACGAUAUUGCUACAAAACUUACUGCAACAAGGGGGAUUAAAAGAUCAGGGAAGAAGGUCAGGAAGAAGUGGCAGGACUAUUCAAGCCUAGCUAAAAGAAAAAGGGCACUGCAGAGGACAACAAUUAAUAAAACAGGUGGUGGGCCUAAUGACGCCCUCGUUCUUACAGCAGAAGAAGAAAAGGAACUGUCAAUUCUUGGAACAACUGCCUCAGAUGGGAUUUGUGGUGGUAUUGACCUCCAUGGAGGAGUACGGUUGCGUCAACCUGAACCUGAGCCAGGUCCAUCAUGUUCGCAAGAGCAAUCAGGUUCACCUCCUAUUGACAGACGCCUACCAUCUCCCAGUCCUCCCAACAGUCCAUCCAUGCCCCAGCCUCCAUCUUCAAUUGUUCAGGCUACAGCCACAACACCUCAGCGAUUUGAGAAUGUCUGUGGUUGUAGUCAGGACUUAGUACAGCUGGAGCGAGAGAAACUAGAUGUUCUGAAAGAUAUCAGACAAUCUCUUAAAGAGGCCAAUGAGAUGAACGGCAACUUUCAGAAACAAAUCAUUGAACUUAAGAAGGCCAAGCUGACUUUGGAAGAGAGGAGACUUUUACUGGACGAGAUGAGAUUUGCAAGGCCCUCAAUUUCUGUGCCAAUUAUCUUGCCAGAUCCUGGGGAACAAACUACAAACUUCAAUCAAUGAAAACUGUUUAAAUGCAACGUUUUGAUGUUUGUUAAUCCACUCAAAACCUAAGGCUCAAUGAAAUACUAUAAAGCAGAA